GCAGGAAGCAGACCUGCAUCUUCAGUAUAGUCGCUUCGACGUUAGGUGAAGUCGAGUAUAUCUAACUCAGUGUUGUUAGUGCCUGUUUUACAUGUCAGAAAAGCCUCAGGUUCGUAUGUUAAAUGUGACUUCAUUGUUUUUAAGGACCGUGUAUGCGCGGCUGGAGUCUGUUUGCCGCAGCGUCUGUUAGCUUAGCAUCCCCGUAGCUAGCAUCUAGCCUGCUAACAUCAAACCUGUUUUGAUUUUGACGAUGAAUUUGGUGAAAAACAGAACUUUGCACCCGCAUCUGCGGGACGAGGAGGCUCUCGUGGUGGAAAACGCCAUCCGGCUGGCGAUAGACUCGAUCAUAAACGUGCUGUACGGUGUCAACAGUGCCAGGACUCAUGAGUACCAACGGAUGGUGGCCGACAGGGACAAAGAGAUCCAGCGGCUGGAGGGCAGGCUGACGGAGAUAGAGCACGAGCUGCAGGUGCUGCGCCGACAGGGAUGCACCUGCGGGCUGUUUGGGAAGGAGCACAGCCUGGUGGGGUCACAGAUAUCCGGUGACCCGCAGGAGGGAGAGCAGUGCGGGUUUGACACUGAGAUGACAGCAGGGCAGCAGGAGUGUGAGAUGAGCAUCUCUUUGGGCCUUUUUGCAAGACCGCCCUCACAUGUCUCCUCCCAGAGCCACGAGUCGGCUCUUCCAUCAUCCCCCAGCAGAAUGGGCCUGGACCAGUCCUGCACCUCCCACUCCUCAGAGUCCUCAGGUGUCCCGGAGACAGCCAGGAAUCUGCCUACAUCUCCCAGCAGCCUCGUCAUCAAAGAGGAGCCGUGUGAUAUCGACACGGUGUUAAUCAAGUGGGAGAUGAGUGAAGAGAGAUUCGGGGAGCAUCAGGAGAGCUCAGGCAGUCCAUGUCAGGACAAUGAGAGCCCCACCACAAAAAAAAAACUGGAGAACAGAGAGGGCAGAAAGUGCAGGGAGAAACCUCACGCAGACCCAGGUGGACACAAUGACCCUCCUGGAGAAAACCAGAGGAACAAGAAGAAGGGUGUGCCGAUGUCCGAGCUGACAGAGGAGGCUCAGAGACUGAAGAGGGCAGCCUGGAGAGCAGCUUCGAGGCGGUACUACGCCCGAAAAAUAGCCCGCCAACAGGCAAACCCCUCACGCUCUGCCCCCUUCUCCUCACGCUCUGUCCCCUUCCCCUCACGAUCAGGCCCCUUCCCCCACAUUACAGACUCCCGGUUUUCACAACCCAUCUCCUUUAUGGAUAAGACAAGGAGGACACUGAUAUCUGAGUUACCUGAGGAGUCUCAGUCGCUGCAGAGGGAGGCUUGGAGAGCUGCAUCCAGAAGGUACUAUGCUCGAAAAACUGCUCGCCCUCAGACUGAACCCACACAGUACGCACACCUGCUCCAGAACAUUGAGCCGUCUGGAGAAACACUGGGACCCAACAGAGGAGGAUCCCACACCAACAGUGGAGGAAUAAUGUGCAGCUGAUAAAUAGCAGUACUGUUGAUGAGGUUUUCUAUUCUGCAUAUAGAAAAUUUUUCUUUGCGUUAUGAAGAACACUGGAUCAUGUGGAUGUUUACUUGUUUUUGGUUGAAUGAUGUUGCAAUUUAUCCUGGUCCGAAUAGUUUGAACCAAAUAUUUUAAAUCAGUUGUGUUUGGUCAUUAUGCAACUAAUUCUGCUGCAUUCAUAUCACUUUAGUUUUAUUCUUUUUCUUUAUUACCCUUUCUAGUAUACUGCAUUGCAUGCCUGUAAAAAACGCUAACUGCAACUGAAGAUAAAGAUUAAAUAAUCGUAUUCUGAGGCAAUAUGAAGAUAUUGUACAAUAGUACUGAUGUAACAGCCACUGCAUCAAGACAGCGGCCCCUCGAGUCCAACGCGUGUAACUACAAUCAAGGCAUCCAUAAAGGUCAAAGUAUGAGCUCAACAUUUCUGUGUAAAUGACAAAUGAAGAAUAACAGUUCAGUUUUUACCAGUAAACUUAAAAUUUAUUUUUUGGUCUUUUCUGGAACAUCGUAAGUAAUAAAGAAAAUUGAAAUAC